AUGUAUUCUGAGUCCAACAAUAUCUCUGUCAAUGUCAGAGGUGAAAGUUCCCCGAUACGCCCUACUACACACGAAGUUUUGGUAGACGGAUCAGAUACCUCCUCACCCAAGAAGUCAUCGUCAAGCAAGUCUUCAAAGAAUAAGACCGUUACACCGAAGAAACAGAAAACGGCAGACAAGAUGACCAAAGUCCCCACCGUUGAUAAGGAUGAAGAUGCUUCUGACGUCGAUAACCCCGGUCAUGAGGAUGAACUCAGUUCAUCAGAAGCUGGCGCUACCCAUGGAAAGACUCUAUCUAAAGCAAAAACUGUCACGAAUGACGAGGAUAGUGGUGAGGAUAAUGAUAAUGAUGAUGAUGACGAAGAAGAUGCCAAGGAAACGGUUACAAAGAAACCCGCUGCUGCUCCCAAAUCCAAGUCUUCUACAACUAAGAAGCUAAAUGUCAAAUUCAAGGAGGAAGCCGAACCAUCAGAAGGAGCACCUCCAAAUGUCUCUGAUGCUGACACCAAAAAGGCUGCACUAGUUGCUAAGUCCAAAAAGAGACCUGCUGCUGCUAUUUCUACGACGGCUGGAGCUCGCAAGAAAGCCAAGCUACCAGCAAAUGCCUACAAUCCCGAAUGUUAUGCCGAUUUGAAUAGGGAAGACAAGUUGUUGUUUGAUCUCAGAUCCGAAAGUCCAGAAGCUUCAUGGAAAGAACUUGUUAUUCAGUUUAACCUGGAAAUACAGGGCGAUCCUGAGCUUAAACCUGAUGCACUUAGAAAAAGAUGGCCAAGAGUCAAGGCUGCAGCGACUGAAAUCAAACACGGUGAUAUCCAAAAGAUGUGCAUCUUCAAGCAAGAUAUGGAAGACCAACUCGAGAAUAUGAGAGAUGAGCUGUUGGCAAAAUUUGAAAGAGAGAAAGAGGCUGUCUUGCGAAAAUUCAAGACAGAAAUGUGGACUGAAAUUGCCAAAAACUACGAACUCUAUAAGCGCCAGGGUCGUAUCGAUGACAACGAUAAAUACUUGGCAUGGACUGAGGAGGAUGAGAAUAGCGUGAAAGCAGAAAUUCAGGAUGACGAGGAGGAACUCGCCAAUAAAGAAGAAUACGACGACGACGAGGAUGACGAAGAGGAUGACGAAGAAGAAGCCGACGCUCAAGAGGAUGCAAAUGGUGCAGAUGAGAUCGAAGUCGAUAUCAAAGGCGAAGAUACCAAUAUGUCUGAAGCCGAUGCUUGA